AUGUAUACGGAAACUGCUGUCGGCGAUCCUUCGUCAGCCGAACCCAGGAACAGCCGCGAGCUUUCUCUGCAUUCCGACUCUUCACCCACCACGAACCACUCCAGUGCUCUCACGGAGGUUGCGACACCUGAGCCGCUGCAAAGACAUCACCUGGAGCAUGGGCCUUUCCUCGAAGGAGUACUGUCGGACUUGCGGCAUCCCAGCAGUGGAGUGGGCGACGAUUCUGAUCCAGCCCUAACCGAGAUCGUAGCACCGGUGCCGGUGCAGAGACACGUCGAGAAGCUGCGUCUACGACCUGGAUCGCUUGAAAGAAGUCUCUCAAAUGCUUCCCAUGACAAUGCACAAAAGUCGACGACCAGGUCAUGUAAUAUCUUCUAG